AUGCUACUUUCCAUUCUCGUUGCUGGCCUGGCCACCUUUACAAGACUUGCAUCAAGUGCUCCGCAUGAACCUGAGGUCUCCGUACAGCUCAGCCGUGUCGACAAUACACGCAUCAAAGCUGUCCUUACCAACCAUGCCGGCCUUAGUAUCUCUGUUCUCACGCCCAAGUCCCUGUUCGACCCGAGUCCUGUUCAAAAAGUCAACGUGCUCAAAGACGACGCCUUCACAACCAUUGCCCCCAACGCUAGUCUGGAGACGACAUUUGACCUCGCUGAGACGUUUGACCUCUCCGCCAAUGGUCAAUAUACCAUUUACUCUGAUGAUUUCAUGCUCUAUGGAGCUGCCAAUACGACUGAGAUUGUAGGCUCAGUCCUUUACAAAUCCAACGAGCUCACGAUCCAUGUGAAUGGGGCAAAGCCAGCCCUUAUCGCCCAUGCCAUUGUCAAACGAUCCACUAUUGAUGGGACAUGUCGUGCCUAUGACUGGCAGUUGAAAGCUGCUUUUGCGAGAUGCCGCGAUCUCGCUGCAGGAGCCGCUCGGAUACCGUCUAUAACCAAGUUUGCAGAAUAUUUCAAGACAACUGAACCACGUAUCCAGCGAAUUGUCGCGGCACGAUUCAGGGCAAUCCAACGGGAAUGUGGUGCCGUGAACCGUGGAAGAGCACGCUUUAAUUGCAAGGAUUCUUCGGGCCUAUGCAGGAAAGGGUACCUCGCCUACGCUGUUACGCCAGGAGGGCAGGUUUUUCUCUGUCCAUCAUUUCACGGACUUCCCAUGAAUGGGAGAUCCUGCCACUCGCAAGACAAAGGCCAUGUCGUACUUCAUGAGCUAACGCACCUCGGGGAAGUAUAUGAACCCAGAUGUAGAGACUAUGCCUACUCCUACGAGGGUAUUAAACGUUUGGGUGCGGAUAAAGCGUAUCUCAAUGCUGACACUUAUGGGCUCUAUGCACUGGCGGUCUUAAAGGGAUGUUAG